GAACAGAGGACACCUGCUUUAGAGAGGAGGACGGCGGGAUGAUGGAGACGCGACGGCAGCACCGCCACAGUCACCUUGCGCCGAGACGAGCGCGCAGUGAUGCACAGCGCCUGCAGAUAACGCGCCUUCAUCCUCACGUUACCGACUACACGGCACUGUAGAGCUCAGAUGAGGUUCGCGUUUGCGACGCUCGGUUGUCCUGUUCAGCGGUGAGAAUUCACGCUUCGGAAUCUGCGCGCUGAAGACGAGACUGGCACCGUCACCAUCAGCACAUCCUUACAGGUGUUACCUGUGUUCAGAAGAGUCGUGUGCUUUGUUUUCUUUGCACGGCUCUGUAGAUGCGUGUCUUGCAUAAAUACGAGCUGCGCUGGCCUGUUGGCAUUCUCCUCCUCAGCCCUGUUUCCCGGUAGCCAUGCCCGAGGUAGGUGGAAGAUAAUGCCCAGGGCGUCGCGAUGGGCCACCACGGCGACGAGAAGGACCGCAUUGUGAUCAACGUGGGCGGCAUCAAGCACCAGACGUACCGCGGCACGCUGCGCACGCUGCCCGGCACGCGGCUCUCGUGGCUCGCUGAGCCCGACGCAGCAAGUCACUUCGACUACGACGCGACGGCUGGUGAGUUCUUCUUCGAUCGGCACCCGGUUGUCUUCGCGCACAUCCUGAACUACUACCGCACGGGCAAGCUGCACUGCCCAGCGGAUGUGUGCGGUCCGCUCUACGAGGAGGAGCUCGCCUUCUGGGGCAUCGACGAGACGGACGUGGAGCCGUGCUGCUGGAUGACCUACCGGCAGCACCGCGAGGCCGAGGAGGCGCUGGUGAGUUUCGGCGGCGGCGCGUUGCUCGAUGGCGGUGGCGCACACGAUGAUACAGAGGCAGAAGGCGGCACGCACGAGGCGCCCGCCGAAGGGGACGAGGGAGCGGAAAUGACGCGGCGCCUCGCGCACGGAGACUCGCCCGAAAGCCGCUCAGGCCGCUGGAGCCGAUGGCAGAGGAAGAUGUGGGCGCUCUUCGAGGACCCCUAUUCCUCCAAAUACGCGCGGCGGGUGGCUUUUGCAUCUCUGUUCUUUAUCCUGGUGUCCAUCACUACAUUUUGUCUGGAGACUCACGAGGCAUUUAACCCCAUCAUCAACCGCACAGAGAUCGAAAUGGUGGACAAUGAAACCGUGGUGCAUAUUUACCCAGAGACCGAGACCAUGGUGCAGCUCACAUACGUCGAGGGAGUCUGUGUGAUCUGGUUCACCUUUGAGUUUUUAAUAAGAAUCACUUUCUGCCCUGACAAACUCAAAUUCAUAAAAAACGCCCUCAACAUCAUCGAUUUUGUGGCCAUCCUGCCUUUCUACCUGGAAGUAGGACUGAGUGGCCUGUCCUCCAAAGCCGCAAAAGACGUGCUGGGGUUCCUGCGCGUUGUGCGCUUUGUCCGGAUUCUGCGCAUCUUCAAACUGACGCGGCACUUUGUUGGUCUGCGGGUGCUGGGACACACACUUCGUGCCAGUACCAAUGAAUUCAUCCUUCUCAUCAUCUUCCUGGCCCUUGGUGUCCUCAUAUUUGCCACCAUGAUUUACUACGCAGAACGUAUCGGAGCCAACCCUAACGAUCCCCGUGCUAGUGAACACACACAUUUCAAAAACAUCCCCAUUGGUUUCUGGUGGGCUGUGGUCACCAUGACAACACUUGGCUACGGUGACAUGUUUCCUCAGACGACGUCAGGCAUGUUGGUGGGGGCGCUUUGUGCACUGGCUGGUGUGCUGACCAUUGCCAUGCCUGUGCCUGUGAUUGUCAACAACUUCGGCAUGUAUUAUUCUUUGGCAAUGGCUAAACAAAAACUACCAAAAAAAAAGAACAAGCAUAUCCCACGGGCACACCAACUGGGGUCCCCCAACUACUGUAAGUCAGCCAUUAACUCGCCAAGACCCAGCACUCACAGUGAUACCUGCCCUCUGGCCCAGGAAGAAGUCUCUGAGAUUAGAUACCAAGAUUUUAAAGUGAACGGAGAGCCGUCUAAAGCGGCCCUGGCCAACGAAGACUGUCCCCACAUCGACCAGGCUGUAUCGCCGGAGGAAGUUUUCAGCCCUGUAGACCGUGAGAGACCCUGUUUCCUGCUCACCUCUGCAGAUCGGGGCAAUCACAUAGGGGCAAGAGUCAGGAAGGGUUAUGAAAAGCCAUGGAGCCAUAGCAGCAUGUCUGGAGGCGUGGCCUCAGUGUCGGCCCUCCCCUGCAGCCCGCCCUGUCUCAUGCAGCAGGCCCACUCCCCCAUCCCAUCCAUCCUGUAGCAUGGACAAGCAAACUAACCAAUCAGAGGCUCCGCUCUGCAGCGCUGCGCUGAGACGCCCGCCCACACUGUGUACCAUCCGUCUCUCAUCAGUUCUUCAGUAUCACUUUCCCAGCAUUCCCAUCAUCUUCUUCUUCUUCUGUCUCUGUCAUCACUCUUCUGGUUUUCUUAUAGUUCGGAUUCUGUUCUCUCAAACAUCUACUGACAUUGUGUUCUUUUUCCCUACAUAGUCUUCCUCUUCUUUCGUUUUCUCUUCUUCCUCCUCCUCCUCUCAUCAUGUCUUUUCUCCUGUCCUCUCUCCAGGCCCUGCACUUCCUUUUAAUGCUUUCCCUUUCUCUAUCUCACUAUCCCUUCUUUCUCCCAACCCUCCCUUCCCCUCUUUCACUGUUUAUAACGCUGUGGUUUUUCAUCAGGUGCUAUCGGACACCAGUUUGAAAAAGAAAGAAAAAAAAGAAAAGAUAAAGACAAGACAAUGACCUUUUCAUAUAGUAUUUCAUAAAGCAUUCAGAAAAUAGCCAUGGAAUAAAAACAGCUAGUAACACUAACCACUAACCAUGAUUAUAGUGAUGCACACAAUCACCAACAUAAAACUAUGACUGAAGAAAACUCAUUUGCAUUGCAUGCCUUGCAUGGGAAACUGAGAAAACAAAUGUAAGUCUAAUGAAAUCAUGUAAGGAAAAUAUUUUGUUUUACAUUUAACAUCCAGAGCUUCUUUACAACACACACACACACACACACACACACACACACACAAGAAAACCACGAAUGCAGAUACAGUGUAUUAUCAUUUAAGAUGAUAGAAAUGACAUGUAGCAAUGAGGACAUUUUCUUUUGCUGACAUUUCUAUAUAUUUUUUUUUUGCCUUUCCCCAAACCGUGAGCUUGUGUGCGUUUGAGCACGCGCCAUAUUUCUAACAGUAGCAGCGGUCAGUUCGACCAUACAGUUUUCCUUUUUUGGAAGAAAAAAAAAAAGGACUAAAAAAAAAUGCAACUAGUGUAAUAAUGCACUUUAACUUUGAUAAGCAUCAUUUUGACGUUUCUUAAAAGAGCAGACUUGUUCGACUGUACUCCAAAUCUGAAGGAAAUUACAAUACGUUUUUGAGUUUGGCGUUUAUUUUUCAUAAAUUCAGUUUCAUACCAUGGUAUUUUGGAGUAAUAUUUGUUGUUCUCUGUAGCAAAUCAAACAUAAAAAAAAAGCAUUACGUAAGAAUAUGUGCACUUCGCAGAAAAAACAAACAAACAGCUAAAUAUGUAUGUACGUUUGGAGUUAUUUGGGGAAAGGUAAAUGCAUGCACUUUUAUGCAAACUAAGAAUUACCCUAUGCGAAUGACACUGUAAAUAAAAACAUUGCAUGAAAUAAAUUUUGUAUUGAAUCCA